AUGGCGGACAAUGAAUUCCAGUACACGCCAUUGACGUCAAUGUCGCAAGCAAUCAGGAUUCUCUCCAUGAAGAAGUCCAGCUUGACUGAGGUUGAGUGUUGUCUUGAGCCAGCUUCUUUGGAGGAAGACUCGAUCUACGAUGCUCUUUCUUACACCUGGGGAGAACCGUCUGAUACUCCCCUGAUCAAGCUCAACGGUCACACUUUCAAAAUCACUACAAAUCUUGCAAUAGGUCUUCAAUAUUUCGUGAAGAUGGAAGCCCCACUACAAUCUGGGUUGAUGCGGUAUGUACAAACCAAGAAGACAACGCAGAGUGGUAAGCCCAAGUGCGACAAAUGA